UUGCGCGCGGAAGUGUUAGUCACGUGACAUAUCAAGCGUAAAUAUUUUUCUCCUCACGGCGAAUGAUCGUCGACCUCGCUGUUUUACCUUUAUAAAUGAAUAUCGACUUAACUUUUCCCUAGUUUAAACGGCGUAGAUUUUGUCUCGUAUCCACAAUUUACUGGAAUAUUCCAUCUAAACAGGACAAAAUGAACGUGGAUCUUCCGCAGACUGGAGCAGCAGCCGCCUCCAGCACAUCCACAUCGAGCAGCAACUGCGUCCCGAGCAGCGCCUCCACAAACGCCAGCAGCAUCCCCGCGCUCAGCAGCGGUAAUGUUCCGACCUCGGCAGCAAUGACGACUCCAUCAUCCGACUCCAGCGUGUCAAACGGGGUGUAUGUGCCCACGGGCAUCGCUAACGGAGACGUGAAGCCCGUCAUCUCAAGCACACCGCUGGCUGACUUCCUGAUGCAGCUGGAGGAUUACACUCCUACUAUCCCAGACGCAGUCACCGGAUAUUACCUCAACCGAGCUGGAUUUGAAGCAUCAGAUCCAAGAAUAAUCCGUCUCAUAUCAUUGGCGUCUCAGAAGUUCAUCUCAGAUAUUGCAAACGAUGCACUACAGCAUUGCAAAAUGAAGGGCACAGCCUCUGGAAGCUCCCGAAACAAGACCAAGGACAAGAAGUACACGCUGACGAUGGAAGAUCUGACACCAGCCAUGGCAGAGUAUGGCAUAAAUGUAAAGAAACCCCAUUACUUUAUUUGAGGGGAAGUGCUUCAUUGAAAUGGACUGCUGGAAAUGCACUGUUUGUCCCAUCAGAGCUUUGAAGACAUUAUCCUUCAGCGUGGGAACCAUCAGCUCACUGGCCCUCUGCUUUAUGCAUUUUCUUUAAGUGUGUUCGAUUAAGUUUGAUUACACCACUUGACUUUAAUUGAUGUCAGUAAAAAUCCUGUAUAAAUAAAUUCAUUGUAAUUACGCA